AUGGCGAAAGAGGGAAAAAAUGUGGGAAGAAUCAAAUUAGGUUCAGAAGGACUUGAAGUAUCUGUUCAAGGACUUGGUUGUAUGGGUAUGUCCGCUUAUUACGGGUCGCCCAAACCCGAACCCGAUAUGAUCCAACUCAUUCACCAUGCCGUUAACUCUGGCGUUACAUUUCUCGAUACUUCCAACAGUUAUGGUCCACACACUAACGAAAUCCUCCUUGGCAAGGCUUUGAAGGGAGGAAUGAGGGAACGAGUCGAGUUAGCAACAAAAUUUGGUAUACAUUUUGCAGAUGGAAAGAGAGAAGUACGUGGAGAGCCAGAAUAUGUAAGGGCAGCAUGCGAGGCUAGCUUAAAGCGACUUGAUGUUGAUUGCAUAGACUUGUACUACCAGCACCGGAUUGAUACACGCGUGCCCAUUGAAGUAACGGUUGGAGAACUUAAGAAGCUGGUUGAAGAGGGCAAAAUAAAAUAUAUAGGUCUAUCAGAGGCUUCAGCAUCAACAAUUAGAAGAGCACACGCUGUUCAUCCAAUAACAGCAGUACAAUUAGAAUGGUCAAUAUGGUCGAGAGAUGUAGAGGAAGAAAUAAUCCCUACUUGCAGAGAACUCGGAAUUGGGAUUGUAGCAUACAGUCCACUAGGCCGGGGCUUUUUGUCAGCCGGUCCAAAGCUGGUUGAGGACUUGACAAAUGAAGAUUUCCGAAAGCAUCUACCGAGGUUUCAGGGCGAGAAUCUUGAGCAUAACAAAAAAUUGUACGAGAGGAUUUGUGAAAUGGCAACUAAGAAGGGAUGCACCCCGUCUCAACUGGCGUUGGCGUGGGUACAUCACCAAGGAAACGACGUGUGUCCCAUCCCGGGCACCACUAAGAUUGAAAAUUUCAAUCAGAACAUUGGAGCUCUGUCCAUAAAGCUAACAUCAGAAGACAUGGCAGAGCUUGAAUCUAUUGCUUCAGCUAAUGCAGUGCAGGGUGAUAGGUACGGUUCGGCUGCAGCAACCUACAAAGAUUCAGAAACUCCUCCUAUUUCAGCAUGGAAGGCUACAUAAAUAUAGAGUUGUUCUUGUGUUGUGCACUGUAUGUAAUGAGGUUUCUUUUUUCCUGUUUCAAAACUAUUGUGCCACUUACUGAUGGUUCAAAUAAUAAAAUCAAUUCUCUGUUUGUGGACUUUUACCUAUGGAGUAAAAUAUUGAUAUCUA